UUCGAAGAACACUGAUGAAGAAUCUCACAUCAAGGAUCAAAAAUAUUGAACCAACCGAACAAUCAGAUUCUAUUCGAUGAUUUCUCACGUAACUUGCUCGUCAUCUCGGUUGGCCCAUUUUCCACGAAAAACAAUCGUCCGUCGUGUCCAUUCGAUCCACGUCACGUCAAGGGAUUUUCCUGCCGGUGAUGAUUCAUGGUCCGGAUAGCCACCGAAGGGGGAGAGAAACAGGAAUUUCGUAAAUUUGUUUCGUGUCCGCGGUGCGUAAGGUCUUUCGUAAAAAUACGAACGACCUUCGAGGCCGAUUCGAGGCAUCGGGAGGCGGAGAAACUCAUCUCGUUAGUGUCGGUCCCACCGUCCGCCAAGAUGCACUUGUUCUUACGGGUUUGUCCGGCACGCGUGUGUUGCUCGUUGCGUCGCAAAAGCUGAUCCGCGAUUUGAACUAUAGAACGCUAGGGAACUUCUCGUCGUCCCGUCACCGGCUAGUGAGAUUUCAACGUUGAACACUCGAGCGUAUCGAAAAUAGACGUCGAUAAUUUCGCAGAAAUUGCCCAGCUAUUCCUGGUAGCUCCACAAACGAGGCUCGAUUCCCUGCGACAGGAUAAUACGGAGGAAUUACAUAAGGUUUCGCGACAGAAGAUAACGAGGACUACGCAACCAGUGUUUGCGGAGAGCAAACGAAAAUGAAGACGCCAUCGGUCGGUUCGCUGUCAGCCAUUGUAUUCCUCUCAUUCUUCGUUAGCCCGCUUCAAAGCGACCCUCAACAGAUUUACUGGUCGAAUUACCCGGUGCAUCGUCCUCUGGAUCCACAGUCGCAAUCAACAGAAGAAUUUUUGGAUCAACUCGGUGCUGCAAGUGUUCAGGGUCCGUACGUUCCUCGAUACGUUCCUGAAACUCCUCCCCUAUAUGAGCCACAAGAUUUUGGAAGGGAUAAUCUGAACCACCCUAUCAGAGUACCUGACACAAAGUAUCAGCAAAGAGGAGGAUACUAUGAUUACCAAACGUCUGCGUCGAGAGACGAGGAGAAACAGAAUACAAAAGGGGAUGAAGAUGACGUCAGACUGUCGCAAAGUUCAGAAAUCGUCUCGAAGGAAAAGGAGAUCUUGAAGAACAUGCAUAUUCUUGAUAAGCUGCUAUCAGAGGACUCUAGUGACAUCGACGACAAUGUGUUAGGUGAGAAGAUUAUGUCCGAGGAGACGAAGAGGGUCGCUAGGGCGAUACGACAGCAGAGGCCAGGGUUCUUCUGGACCCUCGCUAGAGUGACCUUCGAGACGUUCAACGACACAAGAUCAGCCCUCCAGCAGAUCAGCGAGAUCAUCAACAACAGCAUAUCGCCGGAUUCCGCCACGCAGAGUUCCAUGCCCAGUGGUUCUCUAACAGCAGUUAGCACUCCGCGGAACGCAACCUCCGCAAACGGAACGGAAUCCGCGACGACGCCGUCCACGACGACCACGCAAGCUCCUUUCGUCCUAACCAGGAACAGUCUGCAAAGUCUGAUCAGACGAAACGUGCUAGGCCUCGUGAAACUCUUCAACCUCGAAUGGAGCGACGCUCUGAACCAAUCGGAAGUAUCGGUGAAAGAGUUCCAGAAGAAUCUCAACACGCAAGUGGGCACCUUCCUCCAGGACAAUCCGAACGCGUACUGAGGAUCCUGAGGGUCCAAAUUUCGACAGUGGCGCGUUACCAAAGACUGAAUCCCUUGGAUCGAUCGUUAUUUAUACAAUCGUUGAAAUGUACCGUUUUUACGAUCCGAAUUAAAGUUACGGUGAAGUUAGAAAGCGAGUUUAGAGCUUGCCAGGGCUGUCUUACUCGGUAGAUGCAUGAAGUAUUGUGUCUAAGUCCUUUAAAAUAAAGUUUAGAGUGUAUUAGAGGUUCUAGAGUCUAAAGAGACGUCUGUAGGACCUAGCAGAAUUAGAGGAAGAAUGAAACAUGAUUGAACAAAUGUCUAGAGGCUAUAGAAAACUCUAACUCCCACGGAUCGCCUCUAGAAUCCAUGUAAAUAGGUCGACACGCGUAAACAGUAUUCAACGAAGAAUGAAGCAGGUUAGCGACACAUAUAGUGGGUAUAGAGAAUGAUCUACGAGCAGAACACCUAUACGAGGUGUCAUCGAGGUGACUAGGAGAGUUGCAAAAGCUUCGUAAUAUCUUUAUAAUGUAGAGAAAAAUAUGACUAUAUGUUUAGCUCUGUUGAUAUUAUAAUAUCAAUAUUAACUAUUGAUCAAUAAUUAAUUAUUGAUUGAUAC